GCCUCUGGAUCCAGAAGGAUGCACAGAAAAGGCAGGAGGGAUUUUAUUUUUUAAGGGCUGAGCCUACAUCCCCCCCUUUUCUUUCCCUUAAUGAAAACAGUCUGCAUUAGAAGGAGUUGGGAGACUGGCUAUCAUAGCAGCAGAGCCUGCAGGAAAUUACAAGCCUGGGACAUACAUGACUGAACACAGAAUGGCCAUGGGAUUCCUUAUGACUCUAUGCAUUUUCCUUGCUGUUACUUGUCCCAUGGCUUUGGCUCGAUAUACCACAGAGUCUGAAUAUGGAAGUGGAGAAGGGGAAGGCACAACAUUAGUUUCUCCUACCCAGAACCUUGAUCAGGUUGCACUUACAACAGAAAACUCUACAAAGUAUGGAAAUGGCACAACUACCAAUUUCAUGGAUAACGUAACCCAGUUUUUAAAAGAGUACAUGUUGCUCAUUAUCGUGGUGGGUUCUUUGGUCAUCUUGCUGAUAUUUAUAGUGUGUGCAGCAGUGAUUAUGAGUCAUAGACACAAAGCAUCUGCCUAUUACCCUUCCUCAUUCUCUCACAAAGAAUAUGUGAACCAUGAUGACAAAAAUGGAGGAGUAAGGUCCUUUAAUGAGAUUCCUGAAAAAGCACCAGCUACUAAAACAGAAGAGGUUGUAGACUCAACCAAACAGCUACAAGCAGAUAUUAUCAAUGCUGCUCAGAACCUUAAAUCUCCAACCAAGGGUGCCAGCAUCAAAGAUGAUCAAAAAGUCCCAGAGGAACCCAAAGAAACCAUUAAGAAAUGUAGAAAAAAAGACCCAGAAACCAGUAGCAGCUCAAGUGAAGACAGUGACGAAAGCCAAGAUGAAUCUCCAAGUGAGAAAGUUCAGGAGGCUCCAACAGAGCCCCCUGAUGAAACUAAACCAGCAGGGGAAACAUCAGGGGCCCCAGCUGAAGAAAGUGCUCCAACAAAUAAUGAAGAAGGUACUGCAACCGUGGAAGAGGCAAGCCCUGUGCCUUCUGAUGAUGGAACAAAAAACACAAGUCCCUGUGAAAGUAAAGAACCUGAGCCAACCUCAGAAAAAUGUGGGGUUUAAAAUAAAUAUUAUAGGUAAAAGACAUGAAAAAUAAACCUGGAAAUAUGUUGUUACGAGGCAGAUGGUUCCCUAGGCAACUCAGAAUGCAUAUCCACAGGCAAUGAAUACAUUGAGAAGGGAGCUGUAGCACUUAGCUGUACCAAACAGUCAUGAACUUUUACUUACCCUUUCAGGAAUGUUCCAGUAAAAGAAAAUAAAAGAUGCAUUAACGCAGAUAAUUGUGUUUUUUUGUUAUAAGGAGUCAAAGUCGUAGGGUCCAUCUAAGUUUUAUUUUUGGCUCACGCUUUCAUUACAAUGCAUGCCCAAUUACCUUAGAUAAGAUCUAAGGUGGACAUUUAUCAUUGAGUUUUCCCCUUUUUCUUGUGUAUUUUUUUGUGCAAAAGUUUGCACAGUGACUUUCAUUCCGUCUUUUUUGUGCGUCUUUUUUGUGCGUCUUUUUUGAUAGAAUAUUUUCCGAUGUUCUCUACGUGUUUGCAUACCGUUGAAAGAAAAAUGCUUUACACACUAAUUUACUAUUGCGGAUUUUUUGUUCAGAUAUUAAAACUUUGCGCAAAGGCAACAGAUUUUGCGCAAAUAUAGAACACAGAGGAGUGCACGUACCAAUGUGUCGGACGGUAGAAAUAUGAAGAAAUGUCUAUGUUUGAGCAAAAUUUAUCAACAAGCUUGCGUACGGUUGAUACAUACAAAACAAAGAAAGCACUGACAUGGUUUAAAUGAUUUCUAGCUCACACCGACAUUGAUAAAUCUCCCCCUAAAUCUCUAUCCAUUUUAGUAGACUGUGCUGUGUACAUCUGCAUCAGAAGCUUUGGGUGGUUGCUCAGAUCUGACUCCCCCUUUUUUAUGAUUUUCAUAAAAAAAAAUGUAAAGUAAAAGUUUAACAAUUGAUCUAUUGAUUCAUAUCUAAAAAUGAAUGGCCAACGGAGUUACGAUGAUUCAGUACUGCUUAUUUGUUAUUUUAUUUAAUUCCUUGAUCCAUUUCAUACUAAUUGUCUGCGUAACUACCUAGUCACCUGGGCACAUGCCAAUACCUGGAGUCCAUGGUUAGUUAGAUAAACAUGCUUGUCAAGCCAAAAGCAGGCUACACUUGGUCUCCAAUGAGACACUGAAAUUGUGGACUUAUACCAACACUAUGCAAGAUAACAGGCAUGCUUAUGGUGUAAUGGAUUAUAAGGGACCAAAUAGCCUUACAUAAAUAGCCCAUAAGGUACAACAUUGCCUUCUAAUUAUAAUAAUAAUAAUUUUAUUUAUAUAGCACCUACAGAUUCCGCAGCGCUACUAAGAAAAGAAGCAGUUAAAUUCAUUUGACAAGGAGUUUAGUCUUUAUUUUAGAAUGAAGGAGUAGAUCCAUUUAUAUAAUGUUUUGGAUCCUAAACCAUUUAUUCUAGCUGGAUCACAGCUGUUUGGGGCUUGUUAGACUUUGUCAUACCAAUGCUGAAUACAUCCGCUUUCAUGUUAUUUUCGGAUGACAUUACUGUUUUUUUAUGAUACGAAGUGUAAAAAAAGCAAGUUGUAUGAACUUGUAUUCUCCUUACUUUUUACCCAAAAGCCAGUAGGAAGAGAUUUACUUCAAACCAUCUGAAAUGUAUGUGUAUAUCAUGAAUAUGUAAAGAGGAGCAAUGGUUUCGAUGAAGUAAAAUCAUUUUGUUCAUUAUUAUUAUGUAUAUGUGUCUUAGAUCCAUUAAAACAAUGGAUUCUGUGAUAAUGGAUGUGUAAGUAAAGCACUAUAAUCACAAUGCCUAUUUAAAUUCUUGAGGAAUUAGGGGGUGAGAAAUUGAUAGUUUUAUAGAUAGAAUAAGUCAUCAGUAGGUAAUGAUAAAUAUAUUUCUCUUGUUAGAACAAAUAUUUCCUAGUUAGAACAAAAAUUAUAAAAUAAAAAAUUAUAUUUUUGCAUAUACUUUUCUACAGGUGAUAAUGUGUGUACAUAAAACAGAACAUGUACUUUUUUUCAUUGUAAGCCAUUUAGAUGAGUGAGCACACAAAAAAGUUUAAGUGUACCUCCAAUGUCUCUGAAGCUAGUAGCUGCGCAUUAGGAGAUGCAGCUUUUUUCUCUACCUCCAUAGCACCUGUCUCUAGCCUGAGACCCAGUGUAAUGGGAUUCUAUGGCACUGGGUUUUGCAGUGGACAUGGACGCUAUGGAGCGAAGGCGGAACCUCUGUCACCUCAUGCAGCGUUAAAUGUAGCAGUGGUAGGGAAUUGAAUUCACAAUGCAAUGAUGCAGUGCUGCAUUAUAGUAAUAUUUUUAUUUAAAAAAAUCAAUUCAGCAUCGGGGAUACACUUUAAAGGUGCAUUCACACACACACACACACACACACACACACACUGGGACUGCUGCAAAUUUGCAAUGGUGGAUCCACAAUUGCAGAUCCACAGUUGUAAAAUCUGUAGUUGUGAAUUUGACAAGGCAAUUUUAAAAGAGUAGUCCAGUGGUGAACAACUUAUCCCCUAUCCUAAGGAUAGGGGAUAAGUUGCAGAUCGUGGGGG